AUGAUAGCCGAGCCGGCCGGCGGCGGGGUGCGGAAGCGGCGGGGCGCGGCGGGUGGAGUGCGGAGCGGCGGGCGCGGGAUGCGGGAGGCGGGCGCGGCCUUUGCUCUGCUAGGUCCCAGCGCCGGCGGGAUGCGGCGCUUCGCUCUCACCGUGGUCCGGCAUGGAGAAACAAGACUUAACAAGGAGAAAAUACUUCAAGGGCAAGGAAUAGAUGAACCUCUUUCAGAAACUGGAUUUAAACAAGCAGCUGCUGCUGGUGUGUUUCUUAAUAAUGUGACGUUUACUCAUGUUUUCUCCAGUGACCUCACGAGGGCAAAGCAGACCGUGCAUGGGAUUUUGGAGAAGAACAAACUUUGCAAAGAUAUUACAGUAAAGUAUGACUCAAGACUCCGAGAAAGGAAAUACGGGGUUGCAGAAGGCAGGCCGCUGAGUGAGCUAAGGGCCAUGGCCAAAGCAGCUGGGCAGGAGUGCCCUGUGUUCACACCGCCUGGAGGAGAGACCUUGGACCAGGUGAAAAUGCGUGGAAAAGACUUCUUUGAAUUUCUUUGUCAGCUGAUCCUGGAAGAAGCAGGUCAGAGUGAACAGUUUUCCCAGGAAGCCCCGAGCAACUGUCUGGAAAGUUCUUUGGCAGAGAUAUUUCCUUUAGGGAAAAACUGUGCCUCCAAGUUUAAUUCAGACAGCAGCGAUCCGGGAUUAGUGGCCAGUGUCUUAGUUGUGAGUCACGGCGCCUACAUGAGAAGCCUUUUGGAUUAUUUUCUGACCGACCUCAAGUGUUCCUUCCCAGCGACCCUGAGCAGGUCUGAGCUCACAUCAGUCAGCCCCAAUACAGGCAUGAGCGUCUUUAUCGUAAACUUUGAGAAGGGAGGAGAAGUGAAACCGACCACCCAGUGUGUGUGUGUGCACCUACAAGGCCACCUGACUGGGGUAACCAAAACUCACUAAAAUUUAAAAAUCUACAUCGAAAUCUAACACAUGUGAGCCUCUGAGGGAGUGCCUUUGACUUUAUUUCCAUUCCCUGCUAAUGCAGACUUGGAAACAGUUAAAAAGCUAUCCAUUAUAGCAGGUUAUAAAGCUCAGAUGGAAUCAGAGCCACGUGAAACACUAAUGGAAAACCAUUGAGAAUUAACUUCUUUUGUCUGAGUACAGUUGGAAUUUUCCAGGGUAAUUUUACCCGUGGGGGAUCUCAGUAUUGCAAAUUGGGGGAUUAAGAACCCUGUUACUAUGGGGUUUGUUGCUUUUUUUUAAUGUCCUCUUUUUGGCUAUUUUUCUUUAAUGUCUGAAAAAUCUAGCCUAUUUUAUUGGCUCUUGGUAAGAUACUGUAUUUUUUUUUUUUUUUUUUUUUUUUGCUAUCUCAUCCAGUGCUUGGAAGAUGGAACUAUUAGUAAUUUCCACUCCAUAUUUAUGUGACAAUAUGUUAUAUUCAAAAAGUCCUUUAAAGGAGAAAUGCCUGCCAUCACAAUUUAUGUAAAAGCAAACAACACUAAAUGUUUACUAUAGAAAUCAACUGUUGGAAUUGUUUACUCUGGGCGGUUUAAGAUGUAGAUGAAUGUGGAGUGUGGUUGCAGAAUCGUCUUGUGAGGAAGAAGCAUCUCUGAGACAAAAUUUGUAAAGAAGGAAUCUGAGAGGGGGAAGGGAAAAGAGCAGUCUUUCUUAUUUAACCUGUAGGCCGAAGAAUUUAGUUUGAAGAUGGUGCUGAAGAAAGUAAAUGGUUGCUUCCCAGGAGCCUCAGAAUAAAAGAAGGGCUUCGCUGAAAAGAACUGUGGGGAUUUUUGUGGAAGGUACGGUUGAGGUUUCCUCUGUUUUCCACCAGAUGGCACUGGAGAAAAGGGAUUUUGGUUAACUUAAUUCUGUACUAAAGAUGGGUCCCUCUGAGGUCUUCAUCGAAAUGGGGAAAGUGUUUUCCGUGCAGUUUGCUUUUAAGUUAUCAUGUUGAUGAAUGCCGUGAGUGUCAGCUCACGAGAAGGUAAGACUGAGGCUGUCAGUUAAGGCUAAAGUCACGUGUACUUAUAUGUCAGGUUCAGGAUCAUGGUCCUCAGUGCAUCCAGCGCCACCGGUGUUUAUGCCAGUAUUGGAGCAGAGCGUGUGGUCAAGCGCAGAGGAAGUUCACUGCGGAUAAAAAGUUGGAAAGUAAUUGAAAAGGACAAAUAAUAAAUGUCCACAUCCCCACCAUCCAGAAGUAAUAACUCCCCCCUCCUUUCUUAAACAAGAACAAUACAUUGAGAUGUAAGUAAAGUUCCUUUAAACAGCUGUCACCGGUCCUGUUUCCUCCUGUUCUCUGCAGAGGUGGGCAGCGCCACGAGCCUGUACACCCAUCCAUCCUUCACGUGGCCACCUAGUGUCAUAAAGGAACGGUAUUAUUCUGAUUGUUUUAAAAAUGUACAAAAUAUCAAGCUGUCUGUAUUCUGUAUUUUCCCUUAUUACAUGUAUCUUGGGGCUCCGUAUUGGUAUGUAUAGAUCUGGUUGCUUGUAACCACAGUAUUCUACAGAAUAAAUAUAGUACCUUUUGUUUCUUUAUUCUCAUAUCAGUGGAUGUUUUAGUGUAUUCAGUGUUUUCUCAUAGAAACAAUGCUUACAGGAAAUAGUCU